AUGGAGAAGGCUUCAUUCCGAGUGGUACUCUUGCUGGUUCUCAUCCUGACUACUUCAGGUUUGCCAUUUUCAAAGGCAGCUGGAACUGAUGAUGGAGGAGUGGUCCAAUACAAAUGUAAUAUUUUGAAGUGUGGAUUUAUAACAUGUUAUGGACAGAAUGCAUCAUGUCGGAAUGGCCAAUGUCACUGCGGCCCCGCUGCUGCGCCGAUCAACAAGUCAGCCAGGAAAGUGGUCGUCGGAACCAAAAAGAUUCCGCCGGUGAAGCCGAAUUGA